AUGCAGCAGACACCGGCAGCGCAACCGAAACCGAAAGUCGCCAGACCGAAGCGGGUUAUUACUGAGGCGCGGAAGUUGCAGAAUAGGGAGGCGCAGCGGGCCUAUCGUCAAAGGCAGAAGGAGAGGUUGCAGAAGAAUAGGGCUAGAACGGGGGAGAAGGGGGGUUCUAGUUGGUAUCAGCCGCUUCGACCGUGUCCUACUCCUCAUAAUGUCGGUGGUGAGGCUUCAAGUGGUCCAACUCUUGGAGGUUUCGGCCAGUCAUAUAUUCUGCCCGACGCAUCAAAAACUCCGUUCUGGACGACUUCGAAUGAACAUCUGCCAGCGUCACAAUCAAUUAGGAGCUCGAGUGUCAAUCCAAACGGUGGGGUGGGCAUCCUGGAACUCUUGCUUACGAACUCAACGCCCAACUGGAGCCUCAACGUCGAUUAUCUGCUGGCCGAGACCAAUGAUCAACCUUUUUUCCCGACAUCCGCAGAAGAAGUCAACGAUGAAAGCGCGGAACACUUCACUGCAAGCACCUCAAAGUCGGCCUCGGCCUGCACACCCCAAUUCUCCCGGCAGAGACACAGCCCUCAUUUCACAUCAUCAAUGUACCUCGCAGACCCUUACAAAAACCGCCUCCAACCCUCCAAAACAACCCUUUUGUCCGCCUGCCUGUACAACGCCUCAACGAUGGGAAUAAACAUCGAAGAGUUCUUCUCGUACAACUGCAUGUCCCUAUGCUCUCCCUUCUACCGCCAGGCAGCCUCCUCCACGGAACCUCAGAAACUCCUAUCGGAAGUUUCGGCGUCGUACCCUCUAGUGCCCGCAAACCUCCGGCCGACCCUCCCGCAGAUCCUAAUCCCGCACCAUCCACUAUUCGAUCUCGUUCCGAUCCCAAAUUUAAGGUCAAGGGCAAUUAUACUCUCAGCGGCCGCGCCGCAUUUAGUUAACAUGUUCGAGCUCAAAGGAGACAUUCUUGAAGGGGGGUUACUUUGUUUGGGUUCCAGGGGCGGGAGUGGAAGUGGGCAGCCGUGGGAGGUGGGGAGUUGGAAGGUUGCGCCGUGGUUUUUCGAGAAGUGGAAGUUGUUGUUGGAUAGACAUGGGGGGGAUCUUUGGGGUGAGCCCCCUUUAGUCAACCAUUUUUCUUGUUGA